ACUCGUCUCUUUCUCUCUCUAUCCCUCUCUCUCUCUGUUUCUGCAACUCUCCUCUUCUUCUUCUUCCUCGUCUUCGUCGUCGUCGUCACUCGAAUCCUUACUUUUUUUCUGCUUGCUCAUCUUCAUCUCUUCGUAUCGUCUCUUCCCGUCAAUCGAUUCCUGAAGCCGCCGGCGUGAAGCUCCCCGAAUCCGAUCGAAGACCCACGAAAUCUGACGGCCCCCCCGCUACAAUGCGAAACCCCUGAUUCCGAGCGAAUGCACCGGCGGCGGCAUUGAUAGAUUGAGUGCAGCUUCUUGUUCUUGUUCUUUCUGGGGAAGAUGAAGGUGACCCAGAAGGAUUCGGAGCGAUUGGCCUUCUGGGACCAGAUGAGGGUGCCGCCGUCCGGGACUCCGACCGCCGUGCCCGGCAUCGGCGGCUCGCAAGCCCGGGCGCUGCCGAGGCUGAUGGUGUGGCUCAUCCUCUUCGUGUCCGUCACCUACGUCGUCUACACACUGAAGCUCGUCUCCUCCUCCCGUGCCUGCGGCGACGACGAGCCCUUCUCCACCUCCCACCACCUCGCCUCCUCCUCCUCCUCCUCCUCGUCGGCCACCGCCACCGCCACCGCCACCGCCACCGCCGCCAACUCAACCCUUCCCUCCUCUUCGCUGCCGGCUCGCAGCGGCACGGCCCUCGCCGAAUCGGAGCAGAGGACGGAGCUCCGGCACAUCGUGUUCGGAAUCGCCGCGUCGGCCAAUCUCUGGGAACAGAGGAAGAACUACAUCAAGCUGUGGUUCAAGCCGGAGGAGAUGAGAGGCAUAGUGUGGCUGGACAGCGCGGUGGCGACGCGCGCCGGCGAUGGCCUCCCCCAGGUAAAGAUCUCGGGCGACACCUCCAAGUUCAAGUACACGAACCGGCAGGGCCACCGGUCGGCGCUGCGGAUCUCGCGGAUCGUCUCGGAGACGCUCCGGCUGGGCCUGAAGGACGUGCGGUGGUUCGUGAUGGGCGACGACGACACGGUGUUCGUGGCCGAGAACCUGCUCCGGGUGCUCCGGAAGUACGACCACCGGCAGUACUACUACAUCGGGAGCCUGUCGGAGAGCCACCUGCAGAACAUAUACUUCUCGUACGGGAUGGCCUACGGCGGCGGCGGGUUCGCGAUCAGCUACCCACUCGCGGUGGCCCUGGAGCGGGUGCAGGACCGGUGCAUCCAGCGGUACCCGGGGCUCUACGGCUCCGACGACCGGAUCCAGGCGUGCAUGGCCGAGCUCGGCGUGCCCCUCACCAAGGAGCUAGGGUUUCACCAGUACGAUGUGUAUGGCAACCUGUUCGGGCUCCUCGCCGCCCACCCGGUCACCCCACUGGUCUCCCUCCACCACCUCGACGUGGUGGAGCCCAUCUUCCCGAACGUCACCCGGGUCCAGGCCCUCCAGCGCCUCACGGUGCCGAUGAAGCUCGACUCGGCUGGCCUGAUGCAGCAGUCCAUCUGCUACGACAAGGCGCGGAGCUGGACCGUGUCCGUGUCGUGGGGGUUCGCGGUCCAGGUCUUCCGGGGCGUGUUCUCGCCCCGGGAGGUCGAGAUGCCCUCGAGGACGUUCCUGAACUGGUACCGGAAGGCGGACUACACGGCGUACGCGUUCAACACCCGGCCGGUCAGCCGGAACCCGUGCCAGAAGCCCUUUGUGUUCUACCUGUCGAACGCUAGGCUGGACUCGUCGACGAACCGGACGGUGAGCGAGUACCUCCGGCACCGUGUGCCCAAUCCGCAUUGCAAGUGGAAGAUGGCGAAUCCGGAGGCCCUGGACUACGUGGUGGUCCGCAAGAAGCCCGACCCCAACUUGUGGGAUAGAUCGCCGAGAAGGAACUGUUGCUGGGUCGUGAGCUCGAAGCGGAAAGGGAGCAUGGUGGUGGACGUCGGCGCAUGUAGGGAAGGCGAGAUCAGCGAAAUCUAGGGGCAAAAAGAAAUCUGAACAAAGAACAGUUCGUGGGGUUCCUUAGGAAGUUGGUUAGCUUUCUCCCAAAUUCUAUUUCCCUCUCCCCAAAUUGUUUAAUUACAUCCCUCCCCCCAUUUUGAUUAUUCAUCAAGUUGCCAAUUUUGUAA